ACGAUGUUAAUAUCUCAAAAUCUAAGAAAUCAUACCAAUUCAACCGCUAGAAGAUUUACUAGACAAUUUACUUUUCAUGUUGGCUGCUCAUGGGCUUCAAAACCACGCUUAGAUUCUGAGGAAGAUUUCAAGAAGAAAUCUGCUUAUAGCGAUAAGCACGAAGUCGCACAAUGGAGAACUAAAAUGUUAGGCGAUAGAUACAAUUUAAUAGGGGAUGCAGGUGAAGAUUUCUGGUUUAUCGAACCACUUAAAAAUGAUAGCGGUAUCGCAUUAGGUGUAGCAGAUGGCGUAGGAGGUUGGUUCAGCGCAAAAGUAGACCCUUCAAAAUUCUCUCAGACAUUAAUGUGGGCAGCAUCAAAGAAAGCUGGUAACCUCAUCGCAUCGGAAGCUCAACCAAAAGAUCUGAUUGAAGCCGGUCAUCAGGGCGUCCUAAAAAUGGAAGAAGUAAAAGCAGGUAGUAGCACCGCCUGUAUUGUUACAUUAGAUGCGAAGACUGGUUUGUUGAAAGGUGCUAAUCUAGGUGACAGCACUUUCAUUUUGAUAAGGGACAAUGAGGUUGUAGAGUCAACUAAGCAACAAACACACUUUUUUAACUGUCCAUAUCAACUAGCAAAGCUCAGAAAAGGUAUUGAUAAGAAUCAUAUCACUGAUUAUGCAAAUUCAGCUGAUUUGUUUGAGACUACUUUACAAGAAGGUGAUUGUAUUGUCUUGUUUACGGACGGAUUAGGUGACAACGUUUUCACCAAUGAAAUAGUUCAAUUAAAACAAGCCGUUGAAGGUCAUAUUCCAGAUGGCACAAUUACAGAAAAGUCUCAAGCACUGGCCGAUACUUUAGUUUCAUAUGCCCGAAUUUGUAUGGACGAUGAAUUCAAGGUUUCUCCAAUAGAAUUAUCUGCUAGGCAAGAGAAGAUUAAGGGAUUUAUGGGUGGCAAAGUCGAUGACGUUACUGUUAUCACAGCAUUUGUACAGAAUUAAUUUAUUUGAAUUUUUU